AUGAAAUAUCUCAUCACCUUCGGUGCCUUGCUUUCUCGUUGUCCUUGGCAUCACUGCAUGAAGCUAUUGCUAACAGAGAGCGAGUGGCCCCUUGGAAGGAACACGAACGGAGGGGAAGCAGCUCUUCCUGUCUUCUUAAUGUGGAGCUACGUGGUAUGGGGGUGCUCCCCCAUCCUCUAA